ACAUGGUAUGGACAUGUUGUUUAACAAAUAUAAGUUAAUUACUAAAAGAGCAAGUAAGAGAGUAAUCAUGAAUAGACACCAAGUUCUCACUGGAGCCUGCAACUUCGGGGAGAAAUGUUACGCUGUCGGGAGUGUGGAAGGGAUUUACUUCACCGUGUAUGCAGCUGGUUGUGACAUUGUCAUAUUGGCCAGUGACCUGCAGAGGGUACAGAUAAUUCCAGGUGUCACCCACGGGAAUGUCAAGGUCAGCUGUAUAGACGCCUCCACAGACUCUGGCAAGAUAGUGGCAUCAUACCUUCAAAAGGUUUACGUGUUUGAGCCAGCUCCACUGGUCCAUCAUGACAGUACUCAUAAGCUGGAUUACCACUGGUACCAGACUGCAGUGUUUAAGGCUGACUGCAUUGUGCAGUGUCUCACGUGGAAUGUAGAAGGCACCAAGCUGUUGACAGGUGGAGAAGUGUUGCAGCUGUGGUCUGUCUCCCUUGACAUACAUGAGGAGGAGCCCCAUAGACGAUCCGUCAAAUUUUCCCUUGGGGGUCAUGGUGGGGCUGGACCAGAGACUGUCCAGCCAGAACAUGAAGUGGAGAACAAGUGGGACACAAUCUGGAAAUGCAGACCAGCCACACCUGUGUUCCACCUCCAGUUCUCACCUGACGGGCUUCUGUUUGCCUCCUGUGGAAAGGCUGACAGAUUAUUGAAAGUCUGGUAUGAGGAUAGAAAAUUGCAGCUACCGCUGUCCCAUACGUUAUCCCAUGCUGACAGUAUCGUGAGCCCAAAGAAGGAUAGUCUCAACUACUCCUUUGUGUAUGUUGCCCACCCCGGGGCUGUUACCGGAUUCUCCUGGAGGAAAACCAGCAGAUACAUGCCCAGGGGCUCUGUUGCAAACAUGUUGAUAACGUCAUGUCGAGACAAUGUGUGUCGUAUCUGGUCGGAGACUAUCCUGCCUGAUGACGGGCUCGUUGAUCUUGAACAGUUUGACCCAAACCCAUCCUCGUACGACCCAAAGUUCCAGAUGCACAGACACAAGAAACGCUUCAUGCAGAGGCUCAAAACUAUAAGUGAAGCAGAGAGGCAAGAGCGACUAGCGGAGUUUGUUAACUGCCCGUAUUACAAGCACGUGGCAGUCAGACAUGCAAUCCACAAGCGUCGGAAGCAUGUGAAGUUUGGUCCGGAGACGGUGAUGUCCAUGCCAAGUUUGUCGAGUGUGGCAAGCUCCCAUGAUUUCCACAAGUUCUAUAUCCACCAGAACGGGGUUGUCCCCGCCAUACACUUUCACCUCGCGGCCAGCAUCAACCCAGAAACUGACAUUCCGUUGGCACCAGUGGUGAGUCGGAGAGCGGGGGACAAACACACAUUCCAGCUGCACUGGCUUAACAACAAGGAACUACACUUCACCAUGGAGUCAGAGAAGAUACUUCAGGAGAUGCACAAGUAUGGACUGUAUGAAGACCACGACUCUGAGCACCACGGGAUCCACAGUCCAACCAUCCAGUCAGACUCCGAUAGUGAUAACGGUCAUGAGGAACCCGAUGAGAAUGGUCACUGGAAGAAGAAACGGCAAACAGCAUUCCGGAACAGCAAGGCCAAGACGCGGGAAGGGCUUGGUUUCCAUAGCAACAGUAUUGGCAGCAUCAUAUCGGACCAUUCUGACCCCCUAUCUUCCCCAGAGUCACAUACUCCCUCACUAGACAGUAUAGAUCGGCGUAUAGAGUGUUUGUUGAAAGUCUGGCACCAGAAUGCCGACAUGUUGUUCUGUGUACAUCCAGUUGAUGGCAGCUUCCUUAUGUGGCAUGUAGAUUGGUUGGAUGAGUACACGCCAUACACAUUCCGUCAGGCCCAAGUGAGCUUCUCGUCCCGCCUUCCCCAUGCCUUCCCAAUCCCAGAUGCACGAUCCAUGGAGAGCACACCCCUUAUGUACUGUAACUACAGUAAGAUGGACAUCAAGUCCGCCAUGAAGAUGAGCGAGCAUGAUUCAUCACGAUCGGAUAUAGGCUCAAAACAAUCUUCUGCUGCAAUGGGGAAAUCUUCGCCUGGCCAGAAUGACAACAUGUUGAUUCCAAGCGUCCUCAUGAUCACAAAACAUUCAAAUGGCUCGCUAAACCAAUGGCAGAUCAGUUUUUCUGAGGAAUCUAGAUUUAAGACUGUAUUAAGUGUAGCACAUGUAUCAAGAGCGUGUGGUCAUAGAUUUAGAACAAACAGCGCCACAUGUCACCCCGUUCUACCUCUUCUGAUAACCACUUCACAACACCGGUCAGCCACAAAUUUCACAAAGAAUGACCAGAGCUUUGAAGAAGUGGAUGAGGAAGACUUGGAUGACCAGGAGUCAGGUUUUGUGUACUGCAAUGAGCUCAUUCUAUGGCGUGUGGACCCAGUAGGACCAUUGUCUAAGUCAGGAGGAAUUGUGGAGCUUGCCAAGAUCAACUCCAGCAACAUUACAGCAUUCAGCAAUGUGGCCUGGGUGCCAACACUACUCCCAAGCACCAUACUUGGCCCCUACAGUAACUCUCCCAGUACUUUGUUUGUGGCAUCCGACGGAGACUGUCUGAGAUUAUACCAGGCUGUCAUUGAUGCCAGAUCACUUCUCAUGGAGAUGACCCCCAAAAAAGAUGAAAAUGUGAUGAGUUUCUACAGUAUGUCAAGUUCGGGGUACAGUGCAGAGGCACAGGAGCCGCCCGCAGAGCUGUUCAACAUCGUCAGUGUACAGUCAUCAUCCCGCCCUGGGUGUAUCAUAGAGCUCGAGGCUUUCACUGAUGCACAACAGAUGUGGAUGGAGAACCAGCUACUGCACGUGUUCCAGGAACCCCUCGUCACGGGAAAGAGCUCUGUCAAAGGAGACAAAAAGGACCCUAUCGUUGACCUGCGUCACAUCGGCUCCUUUGAAGAGACCUUCUUCUUGGUUGUUCUGGGGAAGAAUGCUGACUACAGCUCCACACUUCACAUGUGGAAAAUCACCAUUGCUUCUUCUAUGAUGGGCUCAAUGCCCAAUGAUGGCAUGAAUGAGCGUUACAUGUUGGACUACACUCUGGUCAGUGAGGACUGCUCCAACCCACCAUCUCGCCCUGAUACGCCUGACCUCCCUAAACCUGUCACCACCAAACUGCUCGUCUCAACCACCAAGGUGAAGCAGCAGCUGCUGCCAGUGCCCAACGGUGUGGAAGUCCGUAGUGCCACUGUGGCUGCUGGCCAUCUAAGUUCGGCCUCCGUCUAUCCUGCAUGUUUAGCACCGUACCUCCUGGUCACUGCCUGCACAGAUGGAUAUGUCAGGUUCUGGCGGUGUGAGACACAGUCCCUGGCCACCCCACUGUACAAUAUAGGGGGGAUGUCCCCGGGCCGUACCUUGAGCCGGAAGACAUUUGAGUACGGGGUGGAGGAGGAAGAUGGGGUGAGGCGACAGCGACGUCUCUCCGCCGUAAUGAACGUUAUGCCUGACACAGAGUAUGACUGGGUGCCCUGGACACCCAUGUACCGCGACGACAAGUUCAGUGAUAUACACAUACCUGGUAAGCCAUUGACAGUGAGUUGCGCGUACACUGGGAGAGUGGCGGUGGCCUACAGAAGCACAUCCCACAAACCUAAGGGCAAUGUCCCCAACAGGCGUUUUUUCAACCUCUGUGUUGUCAUCUAUGAGUGCGAAUCUACGGGUGGCUCCCAGUGGGUAGCAGAAGAUACAAUAGAGCUCAAGAACAUCCGUAUCCCAGAAAGUCAUGUGGACGUUGACCUUGACCUUGAGACAUGCAGCCCGGAGCAGCACCAAAGCGAUACAGAGAGUUCCCCGUCCCUGCCCCUUGCUGCCAACCUUAUCUCCAUGUGCCGCACCAAGAGUGUGCCUAGUCUGUCUGCCCUUACUGUGGCCAGGAAAGAGCAGGAGGACCAUCAAGACAAGUUGGACAUAAUGCAUCAGAAGCACCUGGUACAGCUAGACUGGGUGUCGACAGAGGACGGCUCCCACAUCCUCACAGUCGGUGUUGGCUCCAAAAUCAUUAUGUACGCCCAGGUCUCUAAUGACAUCGUCCAGGAGUCCAAGAAAGAGAACGCUGAUGACAAAAACAGUCCAGGAACUACAACCCUAACAGACUCCGGUGGAAGGAUGCCUCUCAGUGACCGCCCAGCCGGAAGGAGGGCAAUGUUACAAAAGUCGAAGUCUAUGGUAGUAGACGAUGUCCAAGAGGUAUUACAGUGGAUGAAACUGCGGACUAUUGAUUUGACGACAGCUGAUGGCUUACCUCCCUUACCUAUGCACAUUUCCUGGGUGCGGGGUGGGAUACUGGUCGUGGGCAUGGACAAUGAAAUGCAUGUGUACUCUCAGUGGAGGUACUCGCAGACUUUUGACGGAAUUGGAGGUGGAGUAGAUAAUAUAGAUGGUCCAGAUGAUAGAAAUCUGGAGGAUAGAAACUUUUCCACAUUAGACCUUGCGAGAGAAGCUCAGAUACAAAGCAAAAAAAGUUUACCCUCAAUUAAAAGCUCUGUCUCAGUACCUAAUUUUAAGAAAUUCGCUUCAACACUGUUUAAAAAAGACUCUACAAGAAGUACUGCUAAUCUACGCAAGAAGGCAAGUAAAGCAACACUGGAGAGGAGUGAGAGUACAAUAAGUCUAACUGUGAUACAUGAGCUUGGGCUGUUUGAGGCCGCUCACCAGGCGAAUCCUGUCCUACCCCAGUACCACCCCAAGUCCCUUAUGGAGCUACUAUACUUUGGCAAGGUGCGCCGUGUCAAAGCCAUAUUCGCCCACCUGGUUAGGUGUAUAGUUGGCAGGGCAGACAACCAUGUCACUAAUGUGGAUGAAAUCAACUUGGAUGAUAAUCUUCUAUUCCGACAGAGGACCAUGUCUGUCUCUGCAGCCAGCCCUGGGGAAAAGCCAGUGUUGAAUGAGGAAGUGACGCUGGACUAUGUAGAAAUCAACUCAAUACCCUUGUUGCCACUGUACUCCCUACUGGCAGCUGACAAUGACAAAACCCAGACUGAUAUAUCUGUAGCUGGACAGUCUGCAGGAGAGAAGGCUAACUAUAAGGACCUCUUUAACUCCAGUGUGUUUGAUGAUGAUGAGCUGAACACAGACGUCCUCUCCUCAUCAGUGGAAGACAAGCCCAGGAUUGGGCGGACAGUGUCAUCCUCAGGGAUGGGCCUAAACGCCAACCCCUACCAUUUCAGUGUGAGCCAGGCUGGGCUCCUGGGUAACCAUCUGACCCACAUGCACCUACCUGGGCUCUCUGGCCAGGACCAGAUGUACUUGCUUGCCCUCGCUGACACCGUCGCACAGACCAAGACAGACUUUGCUGAGAGCUUUGAACCUCAAAAUGCCAGUCAGACAAGUAGUGCCCACACUGCAGAGACACUGGAUGACUGUGGUCUGCGGUUCCUGCUGGCCAUGCGGCACUAUCACUACCUGGUCCGAUCUCUGCCCCCCGUACAGAGGAUUACACUCGUUAAACAGGGACUCAAGACAUUCAACCUCGUCUGGGCAUUCCAUUCUGAGGCUACUGAGGAGCUAUUGUCUCUGAUCCCAAUCACGGGUUCAUGUCUAACGUGGCCUGACUUGCGGACGUACGGAGCUGGCUGGUGGGUGACCAACAUAAACGUCCUCAGACACUGCAUAGAGAAACUUGCAAAGGAAGCGUUCCAAGCAAAAAAAGACCCGAUGGAUGCUGCCCUGUUCUACUUAGCCAUGGGGAAGAAAAAUGUUCUCUGGGGACUGUUUAGGUCAACAGAGAAGAAAAAAAUGUCAGAGUUUUUCCGCAAUGACUUCACCCAGAACCGCUGGAGAAAGGCAGCCCUGAAAAAUGCCUUUGACCUACUGGGCAAACAAAGGUUUGAGCAUGCAGCUGGGUUCUUCUUGCUGGCUGGGUCACUCAAUGAUGCUAUUGAGGUGAUCCUUGACAAGCUCCAUGACCUGCAGCUUGCCUUGGUGGUGUGUCGCCUGUUUGCUGGUGAGGACAUGAUGUGUGCACCCGUGAAGAAGAUCCUCUACAACCAUGUGCUGGGGCGGGAUGAGCACGGGAACCCUGCCCCCACCCUCAAAGAAUCACAUGACCCCUUCCUCAGGAGCAUGACUUACUGGCUCUUCAAGGACUACAGGAAUGCUCUGCAGACCCUCCUGCACACACAUACGGGUUUACCAAUCACUGGUGCUUCAGACUCAGAGAACUAUUCCAUCUCCAAUGUGUUCAACUUCUACAACUAUCUUCGCACGCACCCACUCCUCAUACGACAAAAGAUCGCAAUGGCGGGUCCAAUAUUGAAGAACAAACAAGUUAUCAGUGGGUUUACAAAACAACAGACAAUAGUGGGAAGCCCUGAAGAUGAUACUGUGACUGUGGUGGACAGAGUCACUCCAAUGGAAAGAAGACUGUUUUUUGCUACAGCACAUGCUCACUAUAAAAAUGGAAAUCCAAUUUUAGCUCUGGAAGUUUUGUCAAAACUACCCAGUAUUGUUUUACCUGAGGAUGAUAUUGAUGUAGAGUCUCAGAUGUCAAAAAGUGAAAGUGAUGCUUGUAUAAAUACUGGUAAUCUGUCAGAUAUUAGUGAAACUGUUUCAAAUGGCCAUGAUCCAGGCAAAGUGCAAAGUUCAGAGUCAAUGGACUGGAGUCAGCCUGUUGUGGCAAGCAAACUUCAAAAUGCAGACACAUUUGACUGGAGCCAACCAGUUACUAGUUUAAAUGAUACCGCUGAUGCAUUAGAUUGGGGAACACCUGUCUCCAGGUUCAAUAAUGAUGAUGAUGAGCUUAAAUUAGGUUUCAGCUCUUCAGAAAGUGAGGAUGAAAAUAGUGACACUGAAAGUGCUAAAAAUAGAAAUGAUGCAAUAAAUGGUGGAGCUGACACUAUACCAAGUAUAGUGGUGGCAGGAGUGGAAUCCGGUGAUGAAUUGACUUCCAGUACGAUCAAAUGUCCGAGUGAAAAGCGCUCGAGUAGCCAGGAGGUUGACAUAUUUGCACAGCAGUACAAGUUUAUCGCUUGCCUGAAGGUGAUGAUGGAGGAAAUGCAGACACUCUCCACAGGCUUUGAGGUGGAUGGUGGACAGCUCAGGUACCAGGUGUACAUCUGGCUGGAGCGAGAGGUGGAGGCUCUCCGGUUAUUAUGCGACUAUGGUGAUGAUGACCUGGACUCUAACGAGGAUGACAGGACCGUUGUAAAUGAUGGAGGUCCAACAGACGAGGAAGAGCUACGACCAACGUCUCCACAGGGGAUGGUUCGUAAGGGCUCUGGUAGGUCUUCCAUGUUCAAGCCCACUCUACACGAGGUGAUCUUGUCGGAGAAACUUGACCUGGAUGCCAAAAUGGAGCGUAUGGGUCACCGUAAACAGUGGCUUCGACAGAACUCCCAGCUGCUGCGAACCCUGGUAGCCUACUGUGUGUUACAGGGGGCUGCUGGAGGGGGCAUCGCAUCUGUACAGAUGGAGCUGCUUCUCCUGCUACAGGAGUUACAACAGGAGAAGCCCCACCAGCAGUUAUUGUCUCCCUUGCCAUUCCCAACAACCCUGCCCCUGCUGUCUGCCGCCAUUGCAAGCUGUAAGACCGUCACUGCGGACCCCAUCCAGCACAUACAGUGUCUGAGCCAGGACCUUCUCCACUCUGUGAUAGAGUUCACCAGCCCGCCUGGCCUCGCUAGCCCGCUCCACACGGUCCUCAUCAUGCGGAACUUGAGUGUGGCCUUGGCCUCUUGUGUGUACCAGUGUCUUUGUGAUAGUGACAACUUUGUCGUGUCCAUGGCAGAAAAUGUUGAUGUCGGCUUUGAAGGCUUCUCUAAUAGCGUGAAUUUUGUCUGUGAUACAAGCCACUUGAUGUCUGGUGUGCGAAAAAUGCGCAAUAAAUCCAUCUGUUCUCCUGAUGACAUGGUUAACACUCCGCCAGGAAAAUGGCCAGGAGUGACCUCAUUGCGAGUGUUGCUUGCCCGUGAGAAGGAUGAAGAUUCGCCCAAAUUGAACAUCCUGCUCACCGAGUCCCUGUUCGCUGUCUAUGUGAGCCUCCUCAUUAACGCCCUAGCAACCUUUGACUGCUUUAUGCUCUACCGGCUCACUGCACAUAAGUUUGAUGCCAAGAUGUGGUCGUCACUGUUUGGCGGAGGUGUUAAAACCAUCUUGAAACUUGGAAGUACCUCACCAAGAAUGGGCAGGAAGGCUGAUUCUAUGUACAACAAGCGUGUGCAGUUGAACAUGAAGAUUAUGGGGCAUCCGCAGGACAAUAAGAAGACUUACAAGGAGAAGUUUGUGCCCCCAGAGCUCAGCAUGAUCACAUACUUCGUGACAAAGCCAUUUGUAUCCAACAUAGAUACGGACUUCCACUAUGACUCCGAUGAUUCACUCUCCUCUGAGGAAGAAGAGGAGGCAGACAGUGACGAUGAGUAUGAAGCUGACCUGAACAGGCCAACAUCCAUUAACCUCCCGAGUGUCCAGCAGCACAGUGACCCUAACUCGUACGCCUGGAGCCUGUUACGCUACACCAUCGUGAAGCUUGUCUUUAGAAACCUAUCCACCUUUCUCCCGCAGAUUGGUGUGGAACUACAAGACCUGCCGGUCAGCUCCCCGCUCCUACACGCCCUGCUGCGCAUCUUGGAGCAGUGGGAGGAAGUGCUGCUAGGGAAACUGGAGCUGUUUGCUGCCGCCCCCAACAACUUCAUCCCCGGGGCAGACCUUGAGGUCGUACCUGGCUUACCGGCAUCCAAAUACAAAGCCCUUCUUAACAAGAAAAACACUCCAUUCAUUGAGAGUUCAUCCACCCUGCCCAUCAAGCGCCUUUGGUUCCACCUGGUGAAGCAGGAGUUGCUUAGAGAUGUGUUUGUGAGAUAUGUGUUCAAGAAACAGAAAUCCAUUGACCACACUCUAAGGGAGGACUCAUCCCUAGAUGGUCUGGAUUCUCCCAAGCUUCCCGAGCCGUUCAAGAUCUUACACAAGGAGCAGGACAUUAUAACUGCAUUUGCUAUAAAUCAGGUGGAAAUAUAUGGUUUUGAGGUUAUAAUGUUUGAUCAGGCAAACACUUCCUGCCUGACGCUGGCGACCCAGAAGGAGCUGGUGGAACUGGAUAUCCAUAACGUGCUCAACCCACCCAGCUGGCUCGAGGAUGAGAACGAGAUGGACAUAGAGGCUUUCAACAACCCCACUCCUGCAAACCCCAUGGACAAUGUAGACUUCCUGAUGGUACAAACCCCGUUUGACUUUCCGACCCAUGGGACAGGAAGUGGCUCCAAUACCCCUCAGACCAAUCAGAGCUCAACAGCCUCCACUCCCACAGUGCAUCUGGCAGCUGGCCAAAUGGGAAUGGCUCAGACUGGACGGGGAACCAACAUGGUGUCGCGUCGUCCAAUGGCUGGCGUGAGGAGAAUCUGUGCCCACCCUUCUCUGCCUCAUUACAUGACAGGUAAUUCAGACGGGUCUGUGAGGCUGUGGGAGUGGGGCCACCACCAACCCCUUGCCCAGCUACGACCCCAAGGCUCGUUUCCUAAGGUCACCAAGGUCCUUUUCAACUCCCAUGGAAACAAGUGCUGCGUCAGCGACACUGAAGGCAGUAUAUGUCUGUGGCAGGUCGGCCCUGGUUCCAACUUUAACAAGCCAUUCAUGAGCCUGAGUUGUCACAACAAGACAACGAGUGACUUUGUGUUUGUGGGCUCGUCCAGCCUGAUAGCGACAGCCGGUCAUUCCUCGGAGAGUCGCAACAUCUGUAUCUGGGAUACUCUGCUGCCGCAACGUAGUGCAUGUGUACAUGCAUUUACAUGUCACGAGCAUGGGAGCCCAGCCUUGGUGUACGCGCCCCAUCACCAGCUGUUGAUCAGUGGAGGACGGAAAGGCGAGAUAUGCAUCUUCGACAUCCGACAACGCCAGAUGCGGCACACAUUCCAGGCACACGAGUCAAGUAUCCGGAGCCUUGCUAUCGAUCCAGAGGAGGAGUACUUUGUCACUGGUUCGGCUGACGGAGAUAUAAAGGUAUGGGGCCUAGAUGUUCACCAGCUGAUUGUCGCCUUCACUGGGGAGCACACGCGCAGUAACACAUUCUUCCGUAGUGUAGGCUCGGCAACAGGCGUAACCCAGCUAGCCAUUGGACCAAAACACACACUGUUCUCGUGUGGCGUGGACGGGUCCAUGAAAUUCCGCGCACUGCCAGAGAGAGACUCAAUUGUCAGAUACUGGAACAGCUAGUGAUCCAUUCUAUUAUUGAAAUAUUUAAAAUAGCUCCUUAUAUAUGACUGUAUACUUCAAAAUGAAAGGCAUAAUGUUUCCUAUCGUUUCUUUAUGUAGCAAUGACAGCAGAAAGUAGUCAGACACAUUGUUUGGCUCAGAUGGCCAUUCCAAUAAAGAUCUUAGUCGGUUUUAGUCAGCAAAUGUCAUAAUGUAAGAAUUAUAAUCUCACUAUUUUGCAACACAUUUGUGUCAAUUGAACUUGAACCAGUAUUUAAAUUGAAUACAAACUUAGGGGGGAAAAAUAUAUGUGCUGCCAUUUGUGACGUUUAUACAGGUUAAUGAUUAUUGAAGACUAUAGACUAUUAAAAUCCUUUAUUAAAACAGGCGCCUAAAGUAUAAAGCUUGUACUUCAAUGGUAAACUUACGGGCAGAAUCUAUCCGAUAAAUGUCGAGAUAUUUUUACUGAAAUGCAGCCUACGCCAAAAAGGAGUUACGCCCCUAAAGUUACAAUCUUAAGCCUUUCAUGCUUUAUUGAAACUGAGCCCUAAAGCCUAAAUGUUUACUAUUGUUUUAUUCAAGAUCAUUCCAUGUAAAUAGAUGUUGUUUUACUUGAUAUUGUUAACUCAUGUAAAAUGGCAAAACAUUUAUUAAAUUACAGGGUUAUUUUAAGAACAAUAUUAUUGUUUGCAUUUUAAAACCUGUUUUUUAAACUUUCUUUGUUCAAGAGGUGAAGUAUUAUUGCUGUUGUUCAAUAGUAUGAGAAGGUUUGUUAAGUACACUGUGUACAUGUCUGUACUUUGAUAAGUAUAUGUACUGUUCAUCUUUUUUUACCCAUAUGCAGUUUAAUAAACAUAUAAAUACCACUGUGAACUGACUUUCAGGCUGAAAGUGCAUGGAUAGUUAAUAUUAUGACAAUUUCACAGUCACCUUGAUACAUGAAUAAAUGGCAAUAAUAUAGGAAUUCCAAUACAAGCACAUUAAUGCUAGCUUCUGUAGCGUGGUAGUAUUUGUAUGAUAAUUGUCAUUUAAUGAACAUUUCCCCAUCAAAGCAUGCCAUAUUAGCGAUUCUUUGUUCUUUUAAUGAAUGAAGUCCGUAUAUGGGUGAUCUGUAUAUACCGUGAUUAAUAAUUAUACCUGAAAAUAAGAACUUAACAAAAGUUUUUUAAAUAGGUCAAAAGUUCAUCAAAAGUCCAAUAAAUUAAAUGUCAUUCACUGCUCUUUAUUCAGUUUCCAGUUGCAGUAAAAAGUGCAUGUUAUUUGUCUUAUAAAAAUGUACUUCAAGUUGUUUAGUGGGUCAAUGCACGGCCUUUGAUAAGAAUAUUUGUUCAGAUUUUAUGAUUGAUAUUAAUUGUAUAUGUAUGUACAAUAUAUAUAAGGCUGUAUAGGGAAACAUAAUGUUAUUCAUGCAUUUUAAAGCAGAUUUUGUGUGGAAAAAUAAUGAUUUGACAUUCCUGUUUUUAUCAAUUGUUCUUUUCUGUAAGGUUUUAUCAUGUCAUUACUAAUUGUAAAUAUUACCUUUUCAGUUGUAGAACAUAAGGAAGGGUUUCCAUAUGUUGUUGGAUCUAUUCAUGUCUUAAUCACCUUUGAAUGUGGCAAUAUUGACAACGUACUAGUCCUUAACUUCAUCACAAAAUAAAACUUGAAUAAACUUUGAAUAUAUUUCAAACAAAAUAUCUGUAAAAUAUCAUUUAAAAUUAAAUUUCUUAGCAGUGUUCUUGUAGACAGUUGAGCCUAAGAAGUGUUUUAAAUGUUCAUCAACCAAAAGAAUGAUGAAGAAAGAACAUCCUAAACUUUUAUUUAAUCCAUAGAUUGGCACAGCAUUUAAAUUGUAUUUCUAGUUCAGCUUCAGUUUGUUUUUUUGUUGAAAAUUAUGUUGUCUUAAAAACUUAUUCUACUUGCAUAGAUUUGAAAUGAUUAUAUAUGUUAUUUAUUUGUAAAUUGCAGUGUUGUGAUAUUUGUGCAAAUAAUAUUUAUUUCAACAACGGAAAGUGUGUCUGACAUGUGAUAGUUCACAUGUCUGUAUAGUCUUGAGAAGUUCCGUUUAUCCAUGACAGCUGAGGAUGGUAGAAUCCAUUGCAAAGGUGUUUUCUUUGAAUCUGUGAUUGAUGCCCUUAAUAUGAACCUGAAAGACCUGUAAGACAUUUCAAGCACUUGUCUUUGAUCAGAUAAAUGAGCAACAUUUGGUAUUAACAUAUACACACUAAGUCAUGUGCUGUAGCAUUAUUACGGUAGCAUUUAUCUUAGAAGAGCCAUUUUGAUAUUCUACAGGAGAUGUCUGUAAAAUUGGCAUGUCAUUUAUUAUACCCCGACAUACAAAGUUUGAAGGGGUUAUAUUGGAGUCUCUCUGUUGUUGGUGGUUGGUUUACUACUGGAUGGAAUUCAUUAAAACUUCAUACAAUGGUAGAACAUACUUAGAGGAAUUGUAGUGUACAGGAAUCAUAGCUCUAUUUCAGCUUAUUACAGAGGUAUUGCCCUAUGUUACUUGUUCUUGUCCCGUGCAUUACUUCAAAACUACUUGAUGGAACUCAAUAAAACUUUAUAUUAUGAAAGAAUAUAAUGAGAAAAAUGGAGUAUGUAAGAACCAUCACUUUAUUUUAUAAUCACAGUUAUUGCCCUUCAUUUUUUGUUUGAAGCAUAACUUUAAAACUAUGGGAUGGGAUUGGAAAUGCAGUGUACAUUAACCUUGGACAUAUGGCCUCCUUUAAAAGAAAUAGAUUGUCAUUUUUGUGUCCAGGUGGCAUUCGGGGGUAUUCGUCACUCCUGUGACAACUCUACGGUAGUUUGUUUUGUAAGUAAGGGUAUACACUUAGCAAUUAUGUGUUAAGUUCGAUUUCAGUGCAAUAUGUUGAAAACACUUGAAACAUAUUUUGUGAGAAUUCCAAUUCACAUGUAUUCGAGCAGGUAUAUCUAGAGGGAGUAAAUUAAUUGAAAUGUAGUGUUGUAUAUGUGUGUAUGUUUUAUCUGAAAUAACAUAAAAAAAUGUUGUAUUCUGUUCAUUACCUCUUCACUUUUAUGCUUCAAUAAAAACGCAAUGUAUCAUAAAAAAUAUUCACUACACCACUUGAAAUAGCUUCAGUAGUGUUGUCCAUCUGUCUGCUACAAAUUAUGUUAUGGCUCGUCCCUCUUAUGAAGUGUUUCUUUUAUUAUAGAGUUAGAAACACAAUCCAUUGUAUUAUAUUUGUAUUGUUAAUCUUAAAAUAAUAUAAGUUAUUAUUAGUUGCUACACUAAUUUACAGUGAUUGUACUUUGUGUUGUUCCACCCCAAGGAAUGAUUCAAAUCCUUACAGUAACCUGUCUGGUUGGAGCAGCAGUUAAUGUUCUGGCUUGUCACCAAGGUGUCAAAGGUUUAAUUCUGGCCUUGGUCAUCUAGCCGGUCAAGUGGGUAUCCACUGGGUACUAUAGUUUCCCCGUGAUUUUAAAAUUAGUUCACCAUUACUGACCACAAAGUGAAACCAAGCAGUCUCACACCAAAACUUCAGUAUCAGAAUCAAAAUAUAGAGAACAUGUAAUCUUUGUUAAUUAUCAAUCAAUAAUUGAUAAUCAAAAAUAUGUUUAUCCUUUGACUAAUACAAUGAUAUACACGUAUAUAAAGACCAAGACCUGUAAUAAAAAAAAUUAGUGAUGCAUAUUUCAACAAUGUAAUACCUUAAGCGUAAAAAGAAAGUGAGAAAUUCCACAUCUGGCUAUACAUGUAGGUCUUCUGCAUGAAAUAGUAUGUAAGAGUUAAGAUAGAAUUUUGUCUAGUCAACAAUUUAUCAUAUUGUUAAUCAGAACACAUGUGCUAUAUAUACUAUAUGUACUUAUAUAAUUAGUUUUCUUCCUGAAAUAAAAUGAAGUACCUUGUAUGAUAUUUUUUCUCUGGUAUAGUACCUUCUUUAUCUUCAGAACGCCUGUCUGAUCAAAGUCUCUGCUUUCAAUAUUCAUGUUCUAGCUGUCCUGAGUCAAGUGUUUUAUUGUUAUUUCAAUAUUUAGGUUGUUGAAGUAUUAACCUAAAUUUCUUUAUAGAGUUUUGCUUGUUUGUUAUAUUUUGUUUGUGAUUAUUUUUAUUCACAUAUAUAGAGUCAUGUAAAAUAUUGUUACCAUUAUUAUAAAUUAUUAUGUGCCACAAAAAUAAAAAUCAGA